AUGCAGGCGGGAGCACGGAGUCUUUUCCACAGACUCCGUGCGGCGCAAAGGGCAGUCGUCCUGCGCGCCAUCUGCGGCUUCCGCGACGUGGCCACAGAGACGGCAGGCGUAUUGGCGAGAGUACCUCCUUUGGCCCUCCUGGCUAAAAUGUACGCGACGAGAUACUCUUGUCUCGUCGACUUGCUGCAGGAGGGCCUAAUUAAUAACGCGCUACUAGAAGCUCUCGCCAAUUUGGAGCGUCAAGCCCGACGACAGCUGCUCCUCGAUUGGAAACAGCACUUGGACCAGCCAAGGGCGGCGGUCCAAAAGAUCGUCGCGGUGCUUCGACCCUAUGUAGCGCUGUGGUUGAAGAAUGGGGUCGAGCACCUCACUUAUCGGGUAACACAAGUGCUCACCGGGCAUAGUUGCUUCG